ACUGAGGGGAGACCGUGAGUAGGGCAGGGUUUUGGCUGAGGGGUUUAGCUUCUGUUUUCUCCCUCACUCCAUCCUCCCGCCCCGGGUCCCGGGUCGAGUCGAUAUCCCGGACGAGGAGAAGCUGCGGUUUCCCGGGGGCUGCCUCUCAACAGUACUGUGGUUUCCUUCGGCCAGGCCAGCAAGGGGAGUUCGGGUACCUUUCGGCGUGUGAGACCCACUGCCCCUCUCCUGCUCCCCUCAGGCAUCCUACCCAGCUAUGGCUGAGCUGAUCCAAAAGAAACUACAGGGAGAAGUAGAGAAAUAUCAACAGCUACAGAAGGACUUGAGUAAGUCCAUGUCAGGGCGGCAGAAGCUUGAGGCACAGCUAACAGAAAAUAAUAUCGUGAAGGAGGAACUGGCCUUGCUGGAUGGAUCCAACGUGGUCUUUAAACUUCUGGGUCCCGUGUUGGUCAAACAGGAGCUGGGGGAGGCCCAAGCCACAGUAGGGAAGAGGCUGGACUAUAUUACAGCUGAAAUUAAACGGUAUGAAUCCCAGCUCCGGGACCUUGAGCGGCAGUCAGAGCGACAGAGGGAGACACUUGCUCAGCUGCAGCAGGAGUUCCAGCGGGCCCAGGCAGCAAAGGCAGGGGCUCCUGAGAAGGCCUGACCCCAUGGUGGGGGGAGGGUGGGGAGAGAAUGAGGCAGCUCUAGGAUCUAUACUGUAGGUAAUAAAAUGUGAAAAUACUCA